GCGAGCAAGAGCUUUGCACUUGAUCAAGAAUAUUUCAAGUUAAUCAGCCUCACAUACAAUAUUUCUUAUAUAAAGACAUCACGGAAGACCUUAGUAAAUAUUUCAGAUCCGAAGUCACAAGUAACUUACCAUCACUUAUACCUGCAACCGAAGGUAAGAGGAAACAUUAUGUAUUCUCUCACUUUAUUUGGCGGAUAUAAGAUCCCCCUGCGCUCGGAAGUAUACGUUCUUGAUAUCAUUCCAUUCACAACAGGUCCAGGAACAAUUUCUUCCGACCAAAAGCUAUCUCUAUUCGACCCUACAAAUCUAAACGUAGGGCCAUUAGUCGAUCUUGUUACAAGACAUGGUAACAUUACUUGCGCCAAAGCCUUCGACGUGGAUGAUAAAAUUGUAUGUACAACAGGCGAGAAUGGAAGCGUAUCGAUGUGGGAUCUGAGGGCAGAUGCGCGACAGGCCGAGGUGGCCAAGUUGACAGAUAAUCAAGUCCCAGUCUUAUCUCUGGCAUGCUCUAGUGCAGGUUUCUCAGUCGUAGCCGGGACAGAACUGCAGGACCACCAAGCAUCUAUAUUAGUAUGGGAUGUCCGGUCAACGCCCACUCCAAAGCUUCACUAUAAGGAGGUCCAUAGUGACGAUGUGACAGAGUUAAAUUUCCACCCUAGCGACCACAACAUUCUCCUAUCGGGAUCGACAGAUGGCCUUGUAAACAUCUGUGAUACGAGAAUCACUGAUGAGGACGAGGUUGUGAUCCAGACUUUUAACCAUGAUGCCUCCAUCCACCAUGCAGCAUUUCUAAACGACACCGAGGUGUUUGCUCUCUCUCACGAUGAAAAGCUUGCCCUCUACAAUGUGGCCGAAAGUCAUGAGAAUGGAGCUGCGACAACUAAUUUCGGAGAUAUGAGAGAGGUCCUAGGCUGCCAGUACAUCGCCAACAUAUUCGCGAAAUCGAAUGGUGCCGGAGCCGUAAUAGGUGCAGGUACCCAUGAUCGGGAAACAUUUGAGAUGAUCCAUUUAACAAAAGGCGAAGGCUGGAACUUAGAUCGAGAAAACAGCGUGAGCCUACCAGGAGCCCAUUCGUCAGAGAUUGUCCGAAGCUUCUGCUUCUACGAUAAUGCGCAGAUGAUGUUUAGUGCUGGCGAGGAUGGGUACAUUAAAGCAUGGAUUCCAUAAUUAUAUCC